UUCCACUCUUUCUUUCGUUUAAGUCCCAAAAUUAAAAAACACACACUCUCUCUUUCUCUCUCUAGAAUGGCUUCAGCUGCAGCAGCACCCACAACUUUCUCUCUCCUCCCCUCCACCAACUCCUCCGCCGCGACAACCACCUCCUCCUCCAGAGUCCAGCUCUCCUCCACCCUCCGCCUGCGCCCACUCCGGCGGCUGGGGUUCGCCGCCGCCGACCCACUCCUGGCGGUGCACGUGGCAUCUCGGGUGCGAUCAGUGAGUGGAAAGGGAACAAGAGGAGUGGUAUCAAUGGCGAAGAAGAGCGUUGGGGAUUUGACUGCUUCUGACUUGAAAGGGAAAAGGGUGUUCGUGAGAGCUGACCUUAACGUUCCUCUCGAUGAUAACCAGAACAUCACCGAUGACACGAGGAUCCGUGCAGCCAUACCCACAAUCAAACACCUCAUCCAAAAUGGUGCCAAAGUCAUCCUUUCAACCCACUUGGGACGGCCAAAGGGUGUCACUCCCAAAUACAGCUUAGCACCUCUUGUUCCCCGGCUUUCCGAACUCAUUGGCAUCCAGGUUGUCAAGGCUGAUGACAGUAUUGGUCCAGAAGUAGAAAAGUUGGUGGCUUCCCUUCCAGAUGGAGGUGUUCUUCUUCUAGAAAAUGUGAGGUUUUACAAGGAGGAAGAGCAGAAUGAUCCUGAGCAUGCAAAAAAGCUUGCCUCUCUAGCAGAUCUGUAUGUGAAUGAUGCGUUUGGUACUGCUCAUAGGGCACAUGCAUCAACAGAAGGGGUCACUAAAUUCCUGAAGCCAUCUGUUGCUGGUUUCCUUUUGCAAAAGGAACUUGACUACCUUGUUGGGGCAGUAUCAAACCCAAAAAGGCCUUUUGCUGCCAUUGUGGGUGGUUCCAAGGUCUCAUCUAAAAUUGGAGUGAUUGAGUCACUUCUAGAAAAAGUUGACAUCCUUCUUCUUGGUGGAGGAAUGAUCUUCACAUUUUACAAGGCACAAGGUCUUUCAGUGGGUUCAUCCCUUGUAGAGGAAGAUAAGUUGGAUCUUGCUACAUCACUACUUGCAAAAGCCAAGGCAAAGGGGGUGUCUCUCUUGUUACCAAGUGACGUGGUGAUAGCAGACAAAUUUGCUCCUGAUGCAAACAGCAAGGUUGUGCCAUCAUCUGCUAUUCCUGAUGGCUGGAUGGGAUUGGAUGUUGGUCCAGAUUCUGUUAAAACAUUCAAUGAUGCUUUGGAUACUACCAAAACCAUCAUAUGGAAUGGACCAAUGGGAGUGUUUGAGUUUGAAAAGUUUGCUGUUGGGACAGAGGCUAUUGCGAAGAAGCUGGCUGUCCUCAGUGGAAAGGGGGUGACAACAAUCAUUGGAGGAGGAGAUUCUGUCGCUGCGGUGGAGAAAGUAGGAGUUGCAAGUGUCAUGAGCCACAUAUCUACUGGUGGUGGUGCCAGUUUGGAGUUAUUGGAAGGCAAAGAGCUUCCUGGCGUCCUUGCUCUUGAUGAAGCCACGCCAGUUGCUGUGCCGUCCAAGCUGUAGUUCAAUUUUCUUCUCUUCGCCUGCUGUGAGGACUUCCAUUUCUACGUCAGAAUUGCACGCCUACCAUCCUUUUUGAGUGUAGGGAAUUGGAAUUCUGAUUCCGGAUUCUAAAUCCUGCAAGCUGGGUUCUGUAUUAAAUUGGGUCAAAGCAAAAUUAAUGUUAUGAAUAAACAAUGCAAUGUCAAACAUGCAUGAUAUAUCAAUUAAUUUAUUAUGUUUUUCAUUUUUAAACAAAAAAUAAAAAACUUUAUAUAAUGUGUACUACUCUACUCCUAUUUCUUAAUCUA